AUGCAGAUGAAGCGAAAUAUACUGCGAAUACUAUUGUUCUUGUUCGUUUUUCAAGGAGAAGAAACCAGAGCCAUCGAGUGUUAUCAGUGCAACAGUAAAGAAGACGAAGAUUGCACCGACAGUGGAGUAGACAUUAAAUACUUGAAGCCAUGUCCGCCAUCGCAUAAAUUUUGCCGUAAAGCAGUGUACAUAUAUUACUUCACGGACCCCAAGGAACACAUAUCCGUCUGUGAGUGCGCAAAGUGGCGAAAUGCCGAGCAAGAUUGUUACAGAGGUCGUUAUACGCGCGACAGUUAUCAACUCGUUUGCGAAUGCCAUGGCGUAGGAUGCAAUCGGUCCACGAGAUCGUCGUCGAGGACAACGAUUUUACUUUGUGUCCUGUGUCAAAUUGCACUUAUUCUCCUUUUAAUCUGA